AUGUUUGGUAUAGAUGAAAUCCCCACAGUGGUGGGUAUCUUCAGCGCAUUUGGCCUGGUCUUCACAGUCUCUUUGUUUGCAUGGAUCUGCUGUCAGAGAAAAUCAUCCAAGUCUAACAAGACUCCUCCAUAUAAGUUUGUGCAUGUGUUAAAGGGGGUUGAUAUUUAUCCUGAAAACCUAAGUAGCAAAAAGAAGUUUGGAGCUGACGACAAAAAUGAAGUAAAGAAUAAACUGGCUGUGCCAAAGAAUGCAUUGCAUCUUGACCUGGAGAAGAGAGAUCUCAAUGGCAACUUUCCCAAAACAAACCUAAAAGGUGGCAGCCCUCCUGAUUUGGAGAAUGUGACCCCAAAGCUCCUUUCAGAAGGGGAAAAAGAGGGGGUUUCCCCCGAUAGCUUAAAGUCCAGCACUUCACUUAGCUCAGAAGAGAAACAAGAGAAGCUGGGAACCCUCUUCUUCUCCUUAGAGUACAACUUUGAGAAGAAAACAUUUGUGGUCAAUAUCAAGGAAGCACGUGGCUUGCCAGCCAUGGACGAGCAAUCGAUGACCUCUGACCCAUACAUCAAAAUGACCAUCCUUCCAGAGAAGAAGCAUAAAGUGAAAACCAGAGUUCUGAGGAAGACCUUGGACCCAGCUUUUGAUGAGACCUUCACCUUCUAUGGGAUCCCCUACACCCAGAUCCAGGAGUUGGCCUUGCACUUCACAAUUCUGAGUUUUGACAGGUUUUCAAGAGAUGAUAUCAUUGGAGAGGUCCUUAUUCCUCUGGCAGGAAUUGAAUUGUCUGAUGGAAAAAUAUUAAUGAACAGAGAAAUUAUCAAGAGAAAUGUUAGGAAGUCUUCAGGACGGGGUGAGUUGCUGAUCUCACUCUGCUAUCAGUCCACCACCAACACUCUCACUGUGGUUGUUCUAAAAGCUCGACAUUUGCCUAAAUCUGAUGUGUCUGGACUUUCAGACCCCUACGUCAAAGUAAACCUGUACCAUGCCAAAAAGAGAAUCUCCAAAAAGAAGACUCAUGUGAAGAAAUGCACCCCUAAUGCUGUGUUCAACGAACUGUUUGUCUUUGAUAUUCCUUGUGAGGGUCUUGAAGAGAUCAGUGUUGAGUUUCUGGUUUUGGAUUCCGAAAGGGGGUCCCGCAAUGAGGUGAUCGGGCGGCUGGUCCUGGAAGCGGCCGCGGAAGGAACCGGUGGAGAGCACUGGAAGGAGAUCUGUGACUAUCCAAGGAGACAGAUCGCCAAGUGGCACAUGCUCUGUGAUGGUUAG